GGGAAAACUUCCGCUAGUCGCUUGAUUCAGGUCCGCUGGCUCCUAAUAUCAAGCCGAGUUCCACCCGCACGGGUCUAGCGAGGCUCCAUCCCCUACUUACACUAACAUCUUGGGUCAAGAACAAAGCGAAGAUCAUCUUCGACUUUGUCCACCUCUGUCGAUACGGUUGCUAUCGUCAUAGCUGCAGCACUUACGAAAGUAGUAAGGGCAAAUAGGACUGAUUCCCAUGCUUUCAUGGCUCGCCAUUUUUUCCCGGGCAGCCAGAAAACAAGCUCCAACUUGGUGUCCUGUCCUUGGGCCCACCGACCCAGAUCCGCCUAAGAUCAACAGGGCUGGUCUAUCCCAAUCGCUUUCAGCUCAAUUCACGGCGUCCAGGUACCAGCCGAAGCGCCCGAUAAGCGACCACGACGCCCGUAUGGAUAUCCACCGGGUGCGCCCUGUCGUCAUCUCAGCCCAACUUAUUUGCACCCCUGGCGGGUACGCGUCCCAUAUCUCCCGUCUGCUUGAACAGGACCUUUCACAUGUCAGGCCCUUCCGGGACAGACGCAGCCCUUGUGAUGAUUACCAUCACCGAUACCAUGGUUGUAUGCACCCCCCUCAUCGGGAUUUGGAAGGUCCACCGCAGCACCGGGUCUAGUGCCGCCGUGAUUGUAGUAGUGUCCAGAGAAGAGUGAUGCACAGAAACCCGACUCGUAGCCUGUACUCUGUGAUCCAGGACGGUACCCGGCUCGGAAAAGGUUUCGAAUUCGGCCACAACAGGGCAUAACAGCUAUGGUGCUGCCGAUCUCUGACAAAUUCCAAAGGUAGGCACUCCUCGUUCGGGAGCAUAAGCCCACCUUGUUGCAGAUUGUGGUUAUGGUUCCCGAUCAACAGCAGAUGCAGCAAAGAUUGGGCCUCCUCCUGCAGGACGCACUUGGAAAACAUCACGGUGAGAUGACAGACUGAUUCCCCCGAGACACAUCGGCGCAGGAACGGUCAAUUUUCGAACCACUUUUCUCCAUUCUUUUCCACUGCUUGACAAGGCUUUCCUAUCUGCAAGCAAGAGGGAGCUCCAAAAAAUUGUUUUUCGACUCCUGAAAGCAAUCUUGUUUGUUUCCACUCCGAAGUCUGUCGACGACAGCAUGGCCUUGGCAUUGUACAUCCUUGUCCUUGUAGCCUUGUUGUGCUACAAGGCCGUUGCAGCGGUGACAACAAGGAGACGACAUGCUCGUGAGGCUGCACUCCGAGGCUGCCAGCCUCCACCGGACGCGCCUCGCAAGGGAUUCCUGGGGAUCGGCACCCUCAGAGAAAGUCUUCGAGCGACUCGUGAGGACAGAGGACCAAUAUGGAUGCACGAGACGCUGAAUGCCAUUGGCAAGAACGUCCACACGGCCAGAGCCGCCAUUUUGGAUUAUGAGCUGUUCAUCACCCGAGACCCGGAAAAUGUAAAGGCCAUGUUCGCGACCCAGUCGCAGGACUUCGAUAUCGGACCACACCGAGAGAAAUGCUUCAAGUCACUCCUGGGCGACGGGGUCAUGACAAACCGCCAGGAAAAAUGGAAGCAUUCUCGAAGUCUUAUCCGGCCACAAUUCGCUAGAGACAACGUGGCAGACCUUGACCUGUUCCAAAGACAUUUGGACGCCCUGCUGCGCAGACUCCCGGUCUCCGGAAAUGGCUGGACGGCCAAGGUCGAUCUGUCCCCGCUGUUCUUCAACUUCACGCUGGAUACGUCAACCGAGUUUCUGUUUGGCCAGGCCGUCCAUGCCCAAAGCCCCGAAGCCCGUCUGGAUAGCGACCUACCAGUGGAUCUGAACAAGCCGGAUCUGUCAAGCUUCGGUCAUCAUCUAGAUGAGGCUAAGCAUAUCAUCGACAGGAGAGGGGCCAUGGCGAAAUAUGGUUGGCUCCUACGCGACAAGGCUUUCCCGGAACACUGCAAUGCCGUCCAGCAAUGUGUCGACUACUUCGUCAAGGCCAAGUUGGCUCGCACUUCGGAUUGUGAGAAGGGGAACGAGGUCCCGAGCGGGGCCGGGAAGACCAAAUUCAUCCUUCUCGACGAAUUGGUCAAAGAAACCAGAAACCCUCUUGAACUUCGGUCUGAGCUGCUGAACGUGCUUCAUGCCUCGAGAGACACCACGGCUUCGUUGCUAGGCUGGUGCUUCUAUUUCCUGGCGCGCCAUCCGGACGUCCUGGCCAGUCUCCGACAGGAAAUCUUGACAUAUCUCGGCUCAGACCCCGCUGGCGAGAUCACCUUCUCAGCUCUAUGGACAUGUCGCUACCUGCAACAUGUUGUCAAUGAGACGAUCCGCAUGGUUGGCAUCGUGCCCAUGAAUGAGCGGGCCGCAAUCCACGACACCACCCUGCCGCGUGGGGGCGGACCGGACAGAGAAAGUCCUGUGUUCGUUCCGAAAGGCACUCAGGUCCUCAUCCCCACGUACUCGAUGCAACAUCGUGAGGAUAUAUGGGGUCCUGACGUCGAGGAGCUCAAACCCGAGCGAUGGCACCACCGCAAGUUUGGCUGGGACUUUAUUCCCUUUGGUGGAGGGGCCCGUCAAUGCAUAGGACAACAAUUCGCGCGCACCGAAGCCAUGUACACCAUCUCACGGAUGCUUCAGAUUUUUGACCAAGUCGAAAAUCUCGAGGGUCCUGGCCGGAUCAAGAUGCACCAUACCAUCGAGAACAGAAGCGGAUCUGGUGUACAAGUCCGUCUCCAUCUUGCUUCCCCGUCGUUCUCCAGAUAUCUCCAGUCUGGCCCGGCUUCGUCGUAAUAUAAAUGAAGCUGGGACCCGGCUAUGACCUUGGCCUGGGAACCGAGAGAAAGGAAGAAAGCUGACUUGAUGAGACGGGGUUGUUCGCGUUUCGGCAGCAUCCUAGCCUGGUGAAGGAUGAGUAGCAGGACCGGUACCUGCCAGCGCCGUACAAAGAACCCCGAUACUAAUCUGUCGGCUUCUUCUGGAUAUGUAGUAUCAUGAUGCCUGUACUUUAGAAGCUUUAAUUUUUCAAAAAUAAAAAGCCUGCAGAAACUCCAAUGGUCCUUCAAGAUCCAGCAGGUUACUGUCGG